CGCAGUGGUGAGGAAGAUGUUACAUGACGGAUCUUAUAUAUAUAUGAACAUUUUUGCUUUGAUACAGCUUCUUGGAUACAUUCUCCACAUAAAGUCAUCAGUCCACUUUACCCGUAGGCGUUAUUCUAAGUAGCCCACCAUUCCCUCCCAUAGAAAAUGGGGAGGUGGAGUUUAGUACGUUGAAAUAGGACAUAGCAUUAAACCUUUCGUAACAAGAUAGCUCUCUGUGCCAAUAACUUCACAUCUGAGUUUGUUAUUCCACAGUUUUAAUUUGGUACCAUGGACAGCACCGUCGCAAAUCUGGACGCCGCCUCUUUUUUGCAAAUCUGGACGCAUUUUGACUUUCAUGAUAAUGGCUUUAUCGAGGGGAAAGAGCUGGAUGAGUUUUUCCGGUAUAUAAUGAAUAAACUUGGGCUAAGCGAGGACGAGACAGGGGAUAAACUGCCGAGAUUGAAAGAAAACUUAAUGUCUUUGUAUGGCACAAACACGGACGGUCGCUUGCAGAUUCAUGAGAUGGCCAACAUGCUUCUGCCGGAGGAUGAAAACUUCUUACUCCUGUUCCGCAGAGAGACUCCGCUAAACAGCAGUGUGGAAUUCAUGAGGAUUUGGAGGAACUAUGACGCAGAUGGUAGUGGUUACAUUUCAUCCGGAGAGCUAAAGAGUUUCCUACAGGAUCUGUUUCUGCAGCAGAAGAGGCAGAUUUCCUCAGACAAACUCCAGGAAUACACUGACACCAUGAUGCUGUUGUUUGAUAAAGACAGAGAUGGCCGUCUGGAUUUGAAUGAUUUAGCCAGAAUUCUAGCACUUAAGGAGAAUUUCCUUCUGAAGUUUGAGAUGGAGGCUUGCACUCAAGAAGAGAGAAAAAGGGAUUUUGAGAAGAUAUUUGCUCACUAUGAUGUGAGUAAGACAGGAGCUUUAGAAGGACCCGAGGUGGACGGUUUCGUGAAAGACAUGAUGGAGCUUGUGAAGCCGGGCAUCACUGGAGCUGACCUGGACAAGUUCCGGAAGUCUUUAAUGGGCCAUUGUGAUGUCAACGGGGAUGGAAAGAUCCAGAAGAAUGAGCUGGCACUGUGUCUAGGGCUCAAGUUCAAUUUUUAAAGUCUAUGUAGCAGCAAAAGGGAAAGAGAGCAUGUUUUUACACAUCAUCAUUGAAAGUCAUCACAUGCUAGUCGCUAAUGCCAAACUUGCUGAUAAUGUGAUACUAUUGCAUGUACGCUUUUAAAUUACCAGGCAUAGUGGCUUGAAGACGAAGACGUUGGACAUAGCAUGACCUGUUUUAAGGAGUGCUGCUCAUAUCAUAGGCUUGUGUAAAGCUGUGAUUGUCUUUUGGUGAUUGUUAAUCUAUUUUAUGAAUUUUAGAUUAGUUAGCUUCAGCGCACUCAGAAUGUAGCAAUAAGAGCACUGUAAACUUAUCAUCUUGUAUGCUGAGUGUCCUCUGUUAAAAUGUUUUUCUCAUCCUCAUUUAAGUACCAAGGUAUAGCUACAUGUAUGUUAGCACAAUAACAAAUUAUACAUACAUUUAAAAUAUAAACAGAACUAACUCUUCAAUCAAUGAAUGGCAAAGUAAUCAAAUACCAAUUAAUGUAUAACUCAACACUUUCUUUGAACUCAAGUUUUUGAUUUGUAACCUUACUGAUGUUUCAGGCUCUUUUAAGAUCAAUGCAUAUGUUUGAUACACAUGGCCUGGUAAUCAGUCCCCGCUGAGCUACUUGGCAAGAGCUACUGGGGAUAAUGCAUUGAUGUAUUGAUCGCUUCCAGAAUAAAAUAUCAUCUGGGGAUUCA